AUGUCGAAGCACCGUAAAGACAGAGACAGCUGGGGACUUGGACUUGUUCCUCCAGGGUCCCUCAGUGACAAAAAUGUCUACGACUGGAGCUCGGAGGAGGAGGAGCCAGACGGGCGAGCCCGGCCCGUCCAGGUGCUGCUGGUCAAAGACGACCACACCUUCGAGCUGGACGAGGCAGCGCUGAGUCGCAUCCUGCUGGCGGAGGAGGUCAGAGACCGUGAGGUGGUGGCCAUCUCUGUGGCCGGGGCUUUCCGCAAGGGCAAGUCCUUCCUCAUGGACUUUAUGCUGCGUUACAUGUACAACCAUGCCUCUGAGGAUUGGCUCGGAAACGCAGACGAGCCUCUGACCGGCUUCUCUUGGAGGGGGGGCUCAGAGAGGGAGACCACCGGGAUCCAGAUCUGGAGCGAGGUCUUUCUUGUGGACAAGCCAGAUGGAAGAAAGGUCGCUGUAUUGCUAAUGGACACACAGGGCACGUUUGACAGCCAGUCGACGCUGCGGGAUUCAGCCACUGUGUUCGCUCUGAGCACCAUGAUAAGCUCCAUGCAGGUUUACAACAUCUCACAGAAUGUACAAGAGGACGACCUUCAGCACUUGCAGCUUUUCACUGAGUAUGGCAGACUAGCGAUGGAGGAGACUUUCCUCAAACCGUUCCAGUCCAUGAUUUUCCUUGUCCGGGACUGGAGUUUUCCAUACGAGUUUCCCUACGGACAAGAGGGAGGCAUGAAGUUCCUUGAAAAGAGACUGAAGAUCUCAGAGAACCAGCACGAGGAGCUGCAGAACGUACGGAAACACAUCCACUCCUGCUUCACCAACAUCUCCUGUUUCCUGAUGCCUCACCCCGGCCUCAAAGUGGCCACUAACCCACACUUCGAUGGAAGAAUUAAAGAAAUCGACGGCGAGUUCAUAAACAACCUGAAGGUCCUGGUCCCCUGGCUCCUCAGUCCUCGUAACAUCGACGUGAAGGAGAUCAACGGCAGCAAAAUCACCUGCAGAGGCCUGGUGGAAUAUUUCAAGGCGUACAUCAAAAUUUACCAAGGCGAGGAGCUGCCACAUCCAAAGUCCAUGCUACAGGCUACAGCGGAGGCAAAUAAUUUGGCAGCAGUCGCAGCCGCAAAGGAUCUAUACAACAAGAAAAUGGAGGAGGUCUGUGGCGGCGAUCGGCCCUUCCUGGCCCCCAGCGAGCUGCAGGCCCGACACAGCGUCAUCAGAGAGGAGGCCCUGCAGGUGUUCCGGGGCGUGAAGAAGAUGGGAGGCGAGGAGUUCAGCCGCCGCUACCUGCAGCAGCUGGAGGGCGAGAUCGACGAGGUCUUCGUCCAGUACAUCAAGCACAAUGACUCCAAGAACAUUUUUCACGCAGCCCGCACGCCGGCCACCCUGUUCGUGGUCAUCUUUGUCAUGUAUGUGGCUGCGGGCAUCACAGGCUUUGUGGGCGUGGACAUCAUUGCCAGCUUGUGCAACAUGAUCCUGGGUCUGGCACUGAUCACUCUCUGCACCUGGGCCUAUAUCCGGUACUCCGGGGAAUACCGAGAACUGGGCGCCGUCAUCGACCAGGUGGCUGGUGCACUGUGGGACCAGGGGAGCACAAAUGAGGCUCUCUACAAGCUGUAUAAUGUAGCUGCCAAUCACAGGCACCUGUACCACCACGCCUUCCCCGGGCCUCAGGUGGAGGAGGUUGCCGAGGAGCAGGACAAGAAGAGGGACUGAUUAAAGACAGAACAC